AUGCAGGCGAUUAAGAGCAGGGAAGCCAGGGCUGAGCUCCUGAAAGCGGCAGGUCCCGGCAAACCAGCGGGAGGAAGAGGAGGAGGAUUGCAGCAAGGACCUGCAGCGGUGGCUGCUACAGCCCCCGAUGAUGUCACCAUCAUUUUUCAGUACUCUUCCAGUUCUGAUACAGCACUGAACAUUUUUAUGUUGGUUUUUCGGUGCCAAACCUCCAUCUGUGGCGUCGCCAGCAGUGCCAGUUUUCACCCAGACGUGGGAGGGAUGUUGAAGGGUCUGGAGCAAUUGGAAGAGUCCAUGUUUCCCAGAGAAACAGCUUUUAAGCUGCUGCCAAGUGAGCUUUUUUCACAGGAUCCUCCGUUUUUCAAAAUGAACUCCAGUAUAUCCGCCUCUCCCUCCGAGACUGAUCCGAGCACUGGUCUGGAUGAGAGCCAGGCAGGUCACAGCCCUGGGCCGGGCAAAGCCCUGAGCCCCGUGCUCAUGUGUAAGGUGUGUGGAGACACCAGCAGUGGGAAGCACUAUGGGAUCUAUGCUUGCAAUGGCUGCAGUGGCUUUUUCAAGAGGAGCGUGAGGAGGAAACUCAUUUACCGGUGCCAAGCAGGCACUGGAAUGUGUCCGGUGGACAAAGCACACAGAAAUCAGUGUCAGGCCUGCAGGCUGAGGAAGUGCUUGCAGGCCGGAAUGAACAAAGAUGCCGUCCAGAAUGAGCGGCAGCCCCGGAGUUUGGCCCAGGUGCGCCUCGAUGGCAUCGACUUCAAUUCUCACCUCAAGCCCGAGCACCUUGCCACCACCCACGAGGCCCCUCCAUCUUCCUGCCCCUCCCUGCAGGGCCUCCAGGGCCCCAUUUCCUCCAUCGUCUCCGCGCUUCCGGGCCCAAGGGCCCUGUCCCCAUCCAGCAACCACCGCUUCAUGGCCAGCCUGAUGACUGCUGAGACCUGUGCCAAGCUGGAGCCUGAGGAUGUUGAUGAGAACAUCGAUGUCACAAGCAAUGAACCUGAACGCAGCGCAACAGACUACCAGAUGUCCCCGUAUCCCUCCGCCAGCCCUGAGAGUGUCUACGAGACCUCAGCGCGCCUCCUCUUCAUGGCCGUGAAGUGGGCGAAAAAUCUACCCGUCUUCUCCAACCUGCCUUUCAGGGACCAGGUGAUUUUGUUGGAAGAAGCUUGGAGUGAGCUAUUCCUUCUCUGUGCUAUCCAGUGGUCGAUGCCUUUGGAGAGCUGCCCCCUGCUCUCUGUGCCAGAACUGUCCCCUAACAUCCAUGGCAAAGUCUUGACGACCGGUGUGGACAUUCGGAUCCUCCAGGAAACCAUAACCCGCUUCAAGUCUCUCAGUGUGGACCCCACAGAAUUUGCCUGUAUGAAGGCUAUCGUCCUCUUCAAACCAGAGACCAGGGGACUAAAAGACCCGGAGCAGGUGGAGAACUUGCAAGACCAGUCUCAAGUGAUGCUGGGCCAGCAUAACAAGACCCAUUAUCUUAGCCAGCCGGUCAGGUUUGGGAAAUUGCUUUUGCUUCUGCCUUCCCUGAGGUUUAUUUCUUCCGAUCGCAUUGAACUCCUCUUUUUCCACCGAACCAUUGGGAACACACCCAUGGAGAAACUCCUCUGUGACAUGUUCAAAAACUAAUGCAUCUCUCAUUAUCCCCUUCCCUUCUCUGGGCUAGGAGGGAAGAAUUGGAGACAAAGCCCUUUUGGUUCUGGUAUUCGGUUUUCACUCGAACAAGCCAAAGUCUGGGUGAAAGUCCUGGAAAGUUGCCCAAGUCAUUCAAUAGUCUCCCCUCUCUCUCCUCAUCCCCUCCUCCUCCAGCUGGGGAGGAAGAAUAGAACUCAUCUCCGCUUGACAAGCUCCAGAAAGGGGAAAGAGAAAAGGAUUUCUCCACUAGCUUUCAAGUCUCGGCACAAAGCGCUCAGUCCAGCUCACUUACUUUUGAACCCUGCACGCUGACUGGUUGUACACCUUACUCCACUAAAUCAACAGAACCACAUUGGAUUUUUAUUGGUUCUCUGCCCCUAAAGAAGAAUGUAGCUUAAAGUCCGAGUAGAACAAGAAAUCUCUUUCCCAGAUACAGUUGGAGGACUUUGGUUUCGGGCGUGACCUCAGUGGAUUGAAGCUGUCACUCAAAACCCACCACUGUACUCUUGAAAUAGCGAUUAUGGAAGCCUGCGUAUUUAAAGAAACAAAACCAGGGACUGCUACUCAGCGGCCUAAUUCUUAGCUAGGAGGUAAUCAUCUUUCCCUUUCAGACCUAAAAAGUCUUCGAUUAAAACCAAGAAAGCAUGGAGUUGGGAAAGCAUCAGAUUCAUUGCCAACUGAAAAGUAAAACUCCACAGCAUCUUAUAGUCUCCGCUACAAUCCCAAGAAAAGGCAUUUUGGCAUUGCUUUCAAGAAACCCGGACAAAUUUUGCUCCAUUUUAUCUCUCGGAAAUAUAGAUCUCUAUUCUGAAAACAAGGAAGGACUGGCUCCAAUAAUCCGAGGCUGAAAACGAUGAGUGGAGGAGUUUGUAGAUGAAAAACAAGAACGGUGGAGGCACGUGGAGGCCACCCCAAG